AGGGGCAGCGCCAGGCAACAGAGCAGCGGCGGGGCUGCCUCCUCCUUCUCCCUCCUCUUCCUCCUCCUCCUCCUCCUCCCAUUGCCAUAACAACCGCGCACAGCCGCUGUGCCCGCGGUGCCGGCGGGGCCGCACCGCACCGCUCCGCACCGCACCGCGCCCGGGAGGCUGAGCAUCCCACGGGCCCCCGCACGCCUUGCACGGGUGGGGUUGUGUGUGUGUGUGGGGGGACGGAACGGGAGGGAAGAGAAACAGUGACCUCCUUCGAAAAAAAAAAAAAAAAAAGAAAAAAAAAAAAAAAAGGAAAAAGGGACUUUUUCGCGGUGUGGGUCUAUCAGGGACCAAAGUGACCCCAAGACGCGGGUGAGCACAGCUGCUGCGCGGGGCGCAGAAGGAGGGAGGAGGGACGGGGCAGCCCCGCGAGUGACUCCGCGGGGGGGCGCGGAGGAGGCGAAAGGAGGGAAGAAGGAGGGGGGGGGGGGGGGGGGGGCGGCAGAGAAAGUUGGGAGGAAAUAGCCCAGGAAAAGUGACACUCGCGGAGCCCGCCGGAGCGCGGAGGAAAUAAAAGCGGCGACGGGCAGGAAGUGUGAGGAGGAGGAGGAAGGGGAGAAGGAGGAGGAGAAGGAGGAAGAAGAAGAAGAAGAAGAAGAAGAAACAGCAGCAGCUGCCGCCGCCGCCGCGGCAGAAGAGAAAGCAAAAGCCGCCCGGUGCGGCAUCCGCGGGGCUGCGCGGGGCUGCGCGCCGCGGCCAUGGCCCGGGAGAACGGGGACGGUGGCGGAUCCUGGAAGAAGCAAGCGGAGGACAUCAAGAAGAUCUUCGAGUUCAAGGAGACGCUGGGGACGGGUGCGUUCUCUGAAGUUGUUUUGGCUGAAGAGAGAGCAAGUGGGAAACUCUUUGCAGUCAAGUGCAUUCCCAAGAAAGCACUGAAGGGGAAGGAAAGCAGCAUAGAGAAUGAAAUUGCAGUCCUGAGAAAGAUCAAGCAUGAAAAUAUAGUUGCCCUGGAAGACAUCUAUGAGAGUCCAAACCAUUUAUAUCUGGUCAUGCAAUUAGUAUCUGGGGGAGAGCUUUUUGAUCGCAUCGUUGAGAAAGGGUUCUACACUGAGAAGGAUGCCAGCACCCUGAUCCGGCAGGUCCUAGAUGCCGUCUACUACCUGCACCGAAUGGGCAUCGUGCACAGGGACCUCAAGCCCGAGAACCUACUUUACUACAGCCAGGAUGAAGAGUCAAAAAUAAUGAUCAGUGACUUUGGAUUGUCAAAGAUGGAGGGUAAAGGAGAUGUGAUGUCCACAGCGUGUGGGACUCCUGGCUAUGUUGCUCCCGAAGUGCUGGCCCAGAAACCCUACAGCAAAGCCGUGGACUGCUGGUCCAUCGGGGUCAUUGCAUACAUCUUGCUCUGUGGGUAUCCCCCUUUCUAUGACGAAAAUGAUUCCAAACUCUUCGAGCAGAUCCUUAAGGCAGAGUAUGAGUUUGACUCUCCAUAUUGGGAUGACAUCUCUGAGUCUGCUAAAGACUUCAUUCGGAAUUUGAUGGAGAAGGACCCUAAUAAAAGAUACACCUGUGAGCAAGCAGCACGGCACCCUUGGAUCGCUGGCGAUACGGCGCUCAGCAAAAACAUCCAUGAGUCCGUCAGCGCUCAGAUCCGGAAGAACUUUGCAAAAAGCAAAUGGAGACAAGCAUUUAAUGCCACAGCAGUUGUGCGACACAUGAGACGGUUACACCUCGGCAGCAGCCUGGACAGCGCGAGUGCCAGCGUGUCGAGCACCCUCAGCCUCGCCGCGCCACUUCCCGACGCAGCCACACGGAAAGAUUGUAUGUCUCCAUCCACUCUCUGUAGUUUUGUUUCAUCUGCUUCUUCAGGCGUUUCUGCGGUAGGAGGGGACCGGAGACCCAGACCCACCACAGUGACCACAGUGCACACAGGGAGCAAGUGAGAGCCGGGGCGGCGAGGAGCGGGCAGGCGGCUGGGCUGGCAGGUUGCCUCUGCGCGAUCCCACCCUGCAGUGCACGCUCAGCGAAGGACUAGAAGAAAGAAGAUUUUUUAUGGCCAUAUUUUAUACUGCAAUUCUGAAAUGUUUCAUUUAUCACAAACUGCAAUGACUCCAGGGGGAAUGGAUCUAACAGUCUCUGGUGCUGUACAUAUAUAUACAUAUAUAUAAAUAUAUAUAUAUAUAUGUGAGUCUAGCAAUGUUCUAACUAAUGAACACUCAUUCUUUUCCCCAGUGAUUUACUCUUUUCUCAGUGUAGGUAACAGUAUAUGUUGUAUUUUUUUUCCAUUAACUACAAACAUCUCAACUGGAUUAUUUAAAUAGAGAUACUUUUCUGAGCAUUUUUUUUUCUUUUAAAAAAUACUUCCAGUAAUAUCCCUCCUUCCAGUUUGUUGGGGGAUAGGCUAUUUCUGUAGGUAGGAAUUGCCAUUAACUUUGCAGCACGGGAGGAUUUCGAUGGCAUGCCAUUUCUUGCUCCUCAAAUUGGACUGCAAGUCUGUCUGGCUUUAGCAGAGCUGUUACUGCUCAGAUUAAGAAACUGCUGCUUUCCCUCCCCUCCUCCUCCUUGAAAGCCAUGGCAAGAGUUAAAUUGCCACCAGCUGGGAGUCAGCUCAUCCUUGGCCUUAUUCCUGUAGUGCUGGGGAUCUGCAGCACCCUUGUUUCAGAGGAAAGGCAGAUACAUGGUGCUGGCCAGGAGCCGACCAGGGCCGAGUAAACAAAAUGACAGAGCAGGGUCUCAUCCUGAAGCUCUUAUCUCCUUGGAGUCUCUGUGUGUAACAAGCAGAGCAAAACAAAAGGAAGAUGUGGUGGGGUGGGAGUCAUAGUCAUCCUCUGCCACUUACUCGCUGUGCUGCUCUCAGGCAAAACAAUUCACCAGCCUACUCCCAGCCUGGCCUCUGGCACAGGGCACAUCCAGCCUGAGGGCUCUGUGCCAGAGCUGCUGAGCACCUGCAGCUCCUCGGGGCUUUGUUGCUGAUGCUCAGCACCUCCCAGAGUGGCCAAAACUGAGUAUCAAAAACCAAAUAGAAAAGUUUGGACCUUAAUCUCUGCGUGCCUGAGUUUCACCCCUGGGGAGAGGGGUGAUGCUUGCACCCCUCUGAGAAGCACUGUCAGGUUCUUGGCUGCAAAGUGAAGGAUCUGAGGUAGAACUGCUCCAUCAUGCUUGGCUCUGGCCAAGGGCUGGUGAGGAGCACUGUGCUGGAAAAGCAGGACCUCAUGGAAAAACACGGGCACAUGCAGGGGCAGUGGUGGCACUGCCUCCCCUUCCUCCCCAGAAGUUUAUAUACAAAAGCAAGCUCAAUUUCUCCAUUUUUUUUAAUUACUAAAUACAUGCACUUCCCAGGCUCUGUGUGCUGGUAGAUCAUUUAGGAACAGCCACCACUGACUGUUGUGCAGGCAUGCAUUAAAGCAGCUUGGAACAGAGAAGACAGCAAAUCUGCCUGGAUUUGCUGGAUUUUUUUAGGUUACUUCUACGCCAUCCCCAGCUGUGAUUUUCCUUUGAGGAGGUGAGAAGGGAGGCAGGUAGCAGAGGCAGGCACCCUUCCCCAACCUCUGUGAGCCUCUCGCACCCCAGACAGGUCCAUCCCCGCCAGAGGCACAAGACUUUCCCUGCAGCAUGUUCUAUUGCCACUCUUGCCUCAUUUAUCCUGCACAAGAAAUUGUGAAAGCCAGUCACAGACAUAGCUGAAUGUAUCAGGCAGUAGUGACUUUGCUGGGAAAAGCCGUAAGAUAUGUAGUUUUCAUUGAGACUUCAAAAUCUUGCUUCAGCUUCAGUCGACUGGCUUCAACCAGCAGAGCCAGGAUUUCAUCCAUCGUAUUUUGAGCAUGAAAAGUUGGAAAAGCAGAUGGCAGUGAGCACUGACUCCAAAAUAGCCUCUCCUUUGGUAGCACUUAAAGCUGUUGCAUCCAAUAGAUCUCUAGUUUCCUCAGUAUUAAGCUGCUCCCCGUUUUUGGAAGGUUGUGGCACAUCUGAGCGAGCCCCUGGGAGCACCCGGUGCCCUCCACCGUGUUGCAGCUGACACAGAUGCUCAUACAGAAAGGCUUCAAAUUCAACUUCUUAUUUUAGGAAUGAUGGCAGAUAUAGAUUUUUUGGGGAUUGGUAGCAAAACUCCAUAUAAUUUCCCAGUGAGGACUUCUGACCAAGAUUUGGGACGACUGAAGGAUCUCCUUGCCGCAAGUCACGCUCCUGUCCCCAUCCCCAGGCUGCUGCCACCAUAUAUUCCUGUCUCAUUGGCAAAGACUAAGAAGAGCUUUCUUGGCAUUUACCCUUGGGGCUCUUUAUGUUUUGCUGCAAAGGUAUCUGAAAAUUAGUAUAAUACAAUCUAAAUUCAUUCUAAGGCCACUUUAUUUUACCAGCCUAAGGAAGCUUUAGUUUAGGAGACACUCCUAUCCCAAGAAAUUCAAGUUAUUUUAAACCUACAUAAGCUCAGCUGGCCAGUAUCGUGGGUGUAAAUAAGCAGUCCCCCAAUCUGGAAUCAGUGGAGUUACUCAUGUUUACACACAUGCAACCAAAAGCAGGAUUUGGUUAGGGAAUAUUUUUGUCUUUGUAGAAUUUUCUCAGAGAUUAGGGCUCAAGCGUUCCCUCUUUGCCUUCUCUUCUGAAACUUGAGGUCUGGUUUGAACUUGAUGUAGUUGCUGAGUCCACUAAUCAAAAUACAGCAUCCAAAUGUAUCUUGCAGAAAACAAAAAAAGCAAAUGGAUUUACAUCUGCAAAACAAAGAGCAGUGACGGGAGCAAAGACAGACAUGUUGUCCUGCAGCUGGGGGGGGUUCCCAUAUACUGGCUGUCCCUCCUUGCUGGAUGCUUUCUGUGGUUUUUGUUGGGAGGCGUAUUCUCUCCUUCCACACUUGGAAUUAGGAUGAUUUAGUUUCUUUCCUGACAUAGUUGUGUAAUUUAUCGUCAUUCUUUUUGUCUUGCUAUCAACUGGUGGGAUCUUAAGACAUGAAACAGAAGCACUUAAAAGCAAAAUUGUUUCUGUUACAGAUUUGGGUGGUGGGAAGAUUUUUUUUCGUAACAGUGAAACAGCUGGAGACCUGACUGGGGUUCAACACAUGCUUAGAGAUAUCUGCUGUCAUUGAGUCCCGAAGUAUCUCUUGGUUAAAACUUCUCAGUGUAAAUCUGGGUAAAUCUGUUAACUGGGAUGACCUCGCAGCACCCAGACCAGAUUUACAGAGGGGUUGGGGGCUGUUUGCCCUUUGGCAGCACAGCCUGGUAUGGCAAACACUCCAGCAUCGCUUGCCACGGAUGCUCCAGUGCUACUGGCCUUCCCCUGCCCCAAUCCACCCCUGCUCAGCCACUCUCACAUGCAGAUGCAAAGCCAGGAGUAGAUAAUGUGUGCAUGCGAGGAAUGGGCUAGUAGCUCCAAAGCAGAACAUUCAAAACAAAUCCCUAACUGGCCUUGCCAUGAAGGAGUAGGUAGAAAAAUCCCUCUGGGCUCUUUCCCAAUGGACUGUCCUACUAUGCGUGAUUUGCUCCUCACAUGAGGACUUCAGCCUGGACUCACCUGUCUGUUACCCUUUCCUGCUUUACUUUACUGGUACCAAUGUGUUUUUCCUUUGUAACUUGUUUUCCUCAGCUCCUUCCCCUUCUUUUUCUUUGCUUGCAGCUUUGAUUGUUGAUUUUUACCUCCAGAGUCACAGAGGCCAUCUCUGAUGCCAACAGCAGUGCUCUUGCUGGGAAAACAAAAUCCAGAAAACCUCCAGCUGGCCCCUUAGCCUGCAGAAGAAGUUGUGAGGACAGGCUGCCCGUGAACUCUGCGAGCUGAAAGUCAGUAUUGCAGUGGCAGGGGCUUCCGCUGCUGAUUUUGCAUGUGACUUCAUUCCCAGUGCAUCCUAACUUUCUGCUGGAUCACCCCUUCUGCAGCACGAAAUGGAUAUUGGUCCUGCGGCACGGCUAGUGGGGAAGUAGGAGUAUGGGGAAAACCUGGCAGUGAUGUUUUUCUGAGACUGUGUUACUCUGCUGGUGAUGUCUCGUCUGUCCUGGUUGCUAUUGUACAGGUGCCAUUAGAGUAGUGGGUGCAGAAAAAAAAAGUAGGAUUUUACCUAUGCGUUGUGUGUCUGUUAUGGUUGUGGUGCUGAAAUAAAACCAAGCAAUGAUAGAGGUUUGUUCCUGAUAUGAAUCAAACAACAAAAAGGGGUGUCAGCCCACUGGUAGACAUCUCCAUGUAGUUCUGUAGUAGGCAUUAGAUAGGGGGUUCCGCUGUGCAUGUGUCCUUCAUACCUCCAUGGCUAUUCACAGUAUUUUUUCUAUAACCAGUUCUUCUGGGCCCCUGCCGGGCCCUGAGGGACUUUAGGACUUAUCCAAAGUUUUUCCCAGCCCUAGAAGCCAACGCAACGCCUGAUCUCUGGCUUUUCUCUCCAAACCGUCUGCGAACCAGAACGUGGACCUCCAGGGUGUCCUAGAAAUGCAGUGGCAGCUGGCCCUGAGGCUUCCCCUUCCUUAAGCAUGACCCUGGUAUUAGGCAAACAAGUCCCCAGGGAAAGCCAGAUAGCUUUCAACCAUUGGAGAACAGGGAGAAUAUUGUCCUUUGAAGUGAACUUGCCAUUAAUUAGAUCCAAUAUAGGGAAACUUGUGCUGUAUUUCCCCCUGUGAUAACUUCAGCCCUGAGAAGAGCUGAGUGAGCAGUGCAUAAAAACACCAGAUUCACUUUGCUAACAAGUUCAUGCAGACUGUAGCCUGUUGCUUUUGCUCUUUCAAAGAGUCAGGGGAUUCAUCUACUGGCAAAAUAACAGUUUCUAGACUGAGCCCCGAGGUACAGAAGUAUCUUCCUUUCAGUAUAUGGAAAUUCUCAUUUAAUGGGAUUACUUACAUUCUUGAUCCCAUGUGUAUUUAUCCAUCUGAAUUGUGGCCUGAAUGCAUCCCAGAAAUUAUUCAUGGGAAAGGAGUCUUGCCUUCAUUAUCAUGUUUAUUUGCACCAGAAAAUUGAUGCUAAGAAUUACACUCAUUCAAGCAAAGAGCAGAAACACACGUGGAAACUGCAGCAUCCAAGGAAAACAGCAUCAAAACCAAACACGGACUAGUUGGCAAGUCGCUGUGAACAAUGGCUGAGUGAGGAAAUGGCAACCUGCUCACAAACACUGCACGCGCAGUUUCCCCUGGUAAAUUAGUCAUUGCAGACUUCUUGCCCAGCAGCAAGUUUUACACAAUCCCUUUUGGUUUUCCCUACAUCCCUGCAUCCGGGUCCUGCGUUCCCGUCCUGUCUGCCAGGGUGGUCCAGUCUCCAUGACACACAUGUGUGCAAAUGUGUGCAAAUGUGUGUGUGUGUGUGUGUGCACAUUGUGGCCCCAGGGAUCACAGAUCCCACCAGUGGGAGAUCAGGAGUUGGUUCAGGUUUUUUGGUCCAACUUUGCACAGUUGGGUCAAAGCUGUGUAAAUAGCGUUUGUAAUGGAGGAUAAAGGCUCUUUAACCCAGACUCUGGUUUUCAAGACCCCUUCCCCACCAUGAACCGUGCCACUGAUCUGUGCGGGUAGCUAUUUUUUUCCUGCUCUUCAUAAAUGAUAAGGUCAGAAGAGCAGCUCUUACAUUUUUUCCAUAUUCCAGAGUGGAAUCAGGGCAUGUACGCUCGCAAGCGUUGUGAAAAAAACACUGCUGAACUAAUGAUGACAUCAAAUGUCCAAUAAAUGCAUGAUACUGCACUGCAUGUAUUAAACUGCUGUUCACUGUUUCUGUAUUUCCCAAGUCUUUUCUUUAUGCACACUCAACCCAACCUUUUCUUCGAGGGGUUUACUUCUACAUUCUGCUUUUAAAUUACUCAAUGUGUCUGUAACUCGAAAUCCAUUGUUAAGUUUGAGUAAAUGCAAAAGCUGAUGUUUUGUAAACAAGAUACUGCAAAGCCUGGUAAUGUAUUUUGUCUUUCUGUUGAAUGCUUUGCAGCAUGUACAGGAAGAUUCACCAUCCAGAGCAGCUUAAACUAUGCAGGAGUCACAUAUACACAUCUAGAAACAGGGAGUCGGGGAGGGGACGGUCCUUUUUUUAAUACAACGCUUAAAAAAUUCGUCUGCAUCAAAAAUUCAUUCCCUGAGUUGCUAACGCUCAAGACUACCAAGAGCCAUGUUGGUGUGUCUCUGUUUUUUUUCUUUUUUUCAUUUGGUUAAUUUUUCUUAGUCAAAACUUAGACUGGUUCACUCAGUAUUUUCCUCUUCCUGGAAGAUAUUUCUUUCUCAGCUGUUGCAGAAUGAACUGCAUUUUGGGGACCAAGAUGCUGUGAUUAUUUGCCUGCACAAAAUAGGACAGAGAGCUGAGCUAAUUAUCCCAUCCUUUCCAAAGCAUCACCACGCAAAUACUAACAUUUAAUCCAUGAACCUCCAUGUAGUACUACCGUUUAUCUGUUGAAGAGUUUGGUGUGGUACUUUUCCUUCUUCCACAUGGAAAUCAAGCCCUUGUCUUCUCUUCCCUUAAUCAGUGACCCAUUUUCAUUUGUGCUGGUCUUUCUAAGGCAAGAUAUGGGAUGGCCACAUAGUACAUGUAGUAUCUCUGGCCCAAUCAUCUUGUGGACAUCAGCAGGACAUUGGUCCCAGCUUCUGUGUGGUUACUGUGUUAGUGUGGAAGAUGCUCAAGUUCCAAAUACUCAAAGCAGAGUCAUCUGAAAGGGCUGGGAAAUUGCUCUGGUUUCCUGGCAGGGGCAUGCCAAGCAGCGGGGCUGGAGAGAAAGUACCAUGCCAGUGGCAUAGGGAGCAAGUAUCAGUCCUUGGAAAUAAUGCAAGGGACUGCUCCAUGGUGGGCUGAAAGCACCAAGAAGUCUUGAGUCCACCUUUAAGGCUGGUGCUCAGCCAGGAUGCUGUGCUAUUGUCAAAGCACUACAUGGCAGCAUAAAAAAUCAUCAUUAAUAAUGGUUGUAAAUCAGCCUGAGUUCAGAUUGCUGAGGCAGCACGUGGUGCAAGGCUCCAUGAAGAGGUGGAUGUGUGCUGUGAUUCCUGGUGCGUGGGAGCUCCUAGGGGAGUGCUCAGGAUAACUCGGAGCUUUUCCAUCUCUCAUCUUCAUCCCCUGAGCCCAGCAUGGUAUCACACAUGUUAUGUCUUACUAGAUCAAGCUGUAGCAUGACUCCCAAAGUGAAGAGCAUGGAAAUUUGUAGCUCAGUGGGAGAUAAGGCAUGACUCAUGUUUCUGGUCAAUGCAAUGUCAGCAUCCUGUUGUACAUUGGCCUCUAGUUGAGAAACAGCAUUUUGGUCAGUUUGGGCCUUUUUUUUUUUUCAGAUAGAUAUUUGAUUUGGGUCAGCAAACUAAAAAAAAGCCCAGUCUGCCCCAGACUAGUGACUCCCCAAACAUCCCCAACUGCAAAACAUCUCUCGGUUGACUUUUAAUGAAGAUGUAAGCAUGUUUUCUACAAAGGCUUAAAUCUUAGUCAAGGAAUGUCAGUGUGCCUAAUAUUGCAGGUCUUGUGAUUGAUACAAGCUCAUAACAGCCUCCAUGUCCAAACAGAAGGGAGAGUGUGUAUUUACUCCAUGCAUGUAUUAAGGCAUUGCAAAAGUUUUAUCUGCAUAAUGAGUUUGCAAUACUGCAAAUUAUUAAUGGGGCUACAUUGCAAGUGGUUCUCUGCCUUGACAAUCAUGUAUACAUAUCAAGAUUUCUAUCAUAAUGACGAUUUAAAGGGAUGACUAAUUGUUUUCCUCCAAUAAAUCCAAUUAUAUCA